AUGGGAGUUAAGCAAAGACGAGAUUAUCUGAAGACAAAGACCGAAGAAAAGGAGCCGAUGGAGAUCAAGACAAAGAUAGUUUUACAGGUCUCUGCUACAGACCCAGAUUGCGGCGUCAAUGCUAUGGUGAAUUAUACUUUGGGCGAAGGAAAUACAAAGUUGAAGGAAUUUCACGUCCGUUCUGAUAGUGGUGAAAUAUGUAUCAGCUCCACACUGGAUUACGAAACACGAAAUGUAUAUGAAUUUCCUGUUAUUGCUACUGAUAGGGGUGGACUUAGUACAACAGCAAUGGUCAAAAUUCAAAUUACAGACAUCAACGACAACAACCCGAUCUUCUAUCCAUCAGAAUACAACGUUUCGCUCCGAGAAAGCGGUGUAUCUUCAUCUGCCACCAGUCCAGUCGUAGUAGUAGCCGCCACCGAUUUAGAUUCAGGAAAAUUCGGCGCCAUCACCUACAAAAUAGUCUCGGGAAAUGACGCCGACCUUUUUAGAAUAGAAAAAACCACGGGAGAAAUAUUCAUCAACAGACCGAGUUUGUUAUCUGCUAGGGGACAGCCGUAUCAUCGAUUGAAUAUCAGUGCUAUCGAUGGAGGGAAUUUGAAAUCCAUCAAAGACGCUGAGGUUUUCAUCAGCAUUAUCGACUCGGCUCAGAGGCCUCCUAUUUUUGAACAUACUCGAUAUACCUACACGGUUAGUGAAAAUGUAAGGAAAGACACUGUGAUUGGAAAUGUUAAGGCAACCGUGUUCAAUAAUGGUGGACGAUCAAACAUCAGAUAUUCAAUCUACUCUGGCGAUCCAGAUGGUUUAUUCAGUAUUGACAGUGUUACAGGAGUUAUAGCUACAGCAUCCAACUUGGACCACGAGACUAAAUCUAAUGUUCUUCUCAACGUACAGGCAACUAGCGGAGCACCGCCAGUAUAUGGCCAUACACAAGUGAACAUUGAAAUAGAAGAUGUCAACGACAACGCUCCUGAAUUCGACUCUACUAUCGUCAGAAUUUCCGUGCCUGAAAACGUAGAGACAGGCUUACCAUUAUACUCUGCGCAUGCUAAAGAUAAAGACUCAGGCUCAAACGGUAUAGUAACUUACAAAAUAGUCAACAAUCCCUACGGAGGCCUCUUCAAGAUCGACAGUAAAUUGGGGGAUUUGACGAUAACGCGACAUUUGGAUUACGAAACGUCUCAGAGGCACAGUUUGAUGAUUACUGCUACGGAUACUGGCGUGCCACCUUUAUCUGCUAAUUUGACGGUUUUGGUAGAGGUGCAGGACGUGAACGACAACGCUCCUGUUUUCGAACGGAAGGAGUAUUCUUUGAGUAUUUUGGAAUCGCUGACCGUCAACACACAGAUACUACAGCUCACCGCCAUAGAUGCUGACAGCGGCAACAACGCCAGAAUAACCUAUCGUUUACUAUCAUAUGCGAAUUCUUCAGACGAUUCGGAUAUCCAGGAAAUCUUCGGCAUUUUUCCCAAUAGUGGGUGGCUCUAUCUUCGCUCUCCUCUGGAUCGAGAAACUAGGGACAAAUAUAUACUAACAGUUGCUGCCAGUGAUAAUGGUACUCCGUCGGAAACAGCUACCACCAAAGUGAUACUAGAGAUCCUAGAUGCUAACGAUAAUGAUCCAGUGUUUGCCAGAGACUCAUACGAUUUCAAGAUCGAGGAAAACUUGAGGAGGGGGACACUCGUGGGAAAAGUUAUGGCUACGGAUGCUGACAUUGGACAGAACGCGGCAUUGAGAUACAGUCUGAUACCUGGAAAUAGCAGUUUUCAAAUCAACCAAAUCACCGGUGAAAUAACUACCAAAGAUCCCUUAGAUCGAGAACAAAAGCAAUCCCACGACUUAGUGGUAGAAGCCAGAGACCAAGGCGUUCCUUCACGAAGCUCCCGAGUCGUAGUCGUCAUCUCAGUACUAGACGUGAACGACAACGCUCCCGAAAUAGUAGAUCCCCAAGAGGACGUUAUCAGUGUUCGAGAAGAACAGCCUCCUGGUACCGAAGUGGUACGUGUCAGAGCAGUGGACAUCGACAACGGACCAAACGCUACGAUCACCUACUCGGUAGUUAAGAAUAGAGAUUUUGAUGGCCACAACGUUUUUUCUAUUGAUCCUGUAACUGGUGUCAUCAAAACCAGAAUGAUUUUGGACCAUGAAGAAAAAACUAUCUAUAGACUAGCAGUAGCUGCAACAGACGGUGGUCAGCCUCCAAAACAGAGUGUUCGAAUUUUAAGAGUGGAAGUUUUAGAUCUUAACGAUAACAGACCAACUUUCACCAGCUCCAGUCUUGUAUUUAGGGUAAAGGAAGAUGCAGCAAUUGGUCAUGUAGUGGGAUCCAUAUCUAUUUCGGAACCAGUACAUGAAAAUUCCCUAAAUGGAGUAGGUGGAUACAUUACUUAUACUCUUAACUCACUAUCGUCAGACACUUUAGGUGACGCUUUUGAUAUAGAUAGAAGCACAGGAUCAUUAGUUGUUUCGCGACAGCUAGACAGAGAGACCCAGUCAGAAUAUAGAUUAGAAGUGAGAGCAUUGGAUACUAGUGCUAUGAAUAAUCCCCAGAGUAGUGCUAUUACAGUUAGAAUAGACGUAGCUGAUGUAAAUGAUAAUGCUCCUAAAUGGCCACAAGAUCCUAUGACUUUUCAAGUUAACGAAAAUACUGAAAUCGGUACGUCUAUCUACAAUUUCACCGCCUCAGAUGCAGACACUGGUAGUAAUAGUGAUCUUAGAUAUAACUUACUGAGGCAGUAUCCUCCUUCUAAUUGCUUUAUGAUAGAUUCCUUGACCGGAACCUUGAAUUUGGUGUCGAAAUUAGAUUUUGAAGUCACUCAAGAAUACACGCUAGUCAUUGCUGCAACUGACCAAUCCCAUAAUGUUUCUGAAAGGCUUAGUACAUCCGUUACAGCAAGAAUAUUUGUAACUGACUUUAAUGAUAACACUCCAAAAUUCGUAUCACCUAUUUCUUCUGUGUUUAUAAGUGAGUCUACAAUAAUUGGUAUGACGAUGGCACAUAUAGUAGCAAUAGACUUGGACAGUGGUGAUAACGGAAGAGUUACUUAUGUGAUAUCUAGCGGAAACGAACAAGGCAUCUUCUCUCUAGGUUACGACACGGGAAGCCUCACGUUAACCAAACCUCUACCGUCUAGCCAGAAGUCUUUUUUAUUGAACAUAACAGCUAACGACCACGGCACACCUACCAGAAGAGCUACCAUGGAACUGAAGGUGGUUGUUCAAGGAUCUAUAGAUAGCGUUCCCAAGUUCCUAGAAGUUCAAUACAUGGCUGAAGUUUCUGAAGAUGUUGCUGUCGGUUCUGUCAUUACCAGAGUUACCGCAAGAUCUGGAGUAUCGUCAGAGACCAACAACCUCACGUUCAUUCUGCCCUCGGACGAAACUUUUGGAAUCAUCUCACCAACCGGAGAAGUAGUUACGAAGAAGACGCUCGACAGAGAAGAAGUAGAAACGUACAUUCUAACAAUAUACGUCAGCGAAUCUUUGCAUAAAACUACCAUUUUCGAUAUGACGACACUUGUUAUCAAAGUGACUGAUAUAAACGAUAAUGCUCCAGUAUUCCAGCCGGGAUCUUGCUACGGAUUAUCUGUCCCGGAAAAUUCGGAUACAGCUGUUAUCCAUACUAUCGUCGCCGAAGAUGAAGACGAAGGAGCCAACGGAGAAAUUUUCUAUAGUAUAACAAGUGGCAACAUUGGAAACAAAUUCAGCGUCGACGCCAAGAACGGCGAUAUCUCAGUCAGGCCUUUAGAUAGAGAGAGCCAAUCGAGGUAUCACUUAACUAUAGUUGCAAGAGAUCGUGGUAGCCCAUCUUUGCAAAGCACUUGCAAUUUAACAAUAUCCGUCGAAGACCAGAAUGACAACGAUCCCAAGUUUGAUUUGUCAAAAUAUUCUACUGCGAUUUUAGAAGAUGUGCCAAUCGAUACUUCGGUUCUUAAAGUCCAUGCUUCGGAUGCAGAUCUGGGAAUGAACGCUAGGAUUAUCUAUUCAUUAGCUAACGAGAGUCAUUGGUUAUUUCGAGUCGAUAAUAAAACUGGAGUUAUCACUACUGCAGGCAUCUUCGAUAGAGAACACCAAAGUGUCUACAACUUCCUCAUAGUAGCAACAGAUGGAGGAAAAUACAACGCUAGGUCCCAAAGCGUCCCAGUCACCGUCAAAAUUUUGGACGUCAACGACAACAAACCCAUAUUCACUCACUAUCCAUUCAAGCAGAAAGUGGCUCCUUACAUUCAACCAGGUCAAAUGAUUCUUAAAGUAACUGCGAACGACGCAGAUGAAGGUACCAACGCAGACAUCGUCUAUAGCAUAUCCAGAGAUGACUCCUAUGGGAAAUUUAGAAUCAACCCAAACUCCGGGAUCAUUACUACAACGCAGAGUCUUGCCAGUAACAAAGGAAAAGUUAUAUAUCUGAAUAUACUGGCAACAGAUAAAGGUAAUCCUCCAAGGAGCUCCUCUGGACUAGUGGAGAUUAUAGUAGGUGAUAUGCAAGAAGGAUCUCCCGAGUUGAGGUUUCAAAAUGACACAUAUACUGUCCAAAUAGCUGAAAAUGCAGAACAGUUCAGAGAUAUCAUACAAGUAGCUGCUAUCAGAAGUGACGGUAGAAGACAGAAAAUCGUUUACUACAUAGGCAGUGGUAAUGAAGACAAUAUAUUCGUCAUUAAUUCUGACAGCGGCAUUAUCCAAGUGCGAGAUCCGAAGAAUCUAGACUACGAACUACACAAGACUAUUAAUCUAGUUGUGGAAGCCAAAACAGAAGGUUCUCCUACCUUACACGGUUAUUGCAAAGUUGUUAUUCAACUCACGGAUGAGAAUGACAACUCUCCUAAGUUUACACAACAACAAUAUGCAGCUAGUGUUUGGGAAGGCAACAAAAAGGGCGAAUUUGUGUUGCAAGUGGUUGCGUCAGAUGCAGAUGAAGGAGCUAAUUCACGUAUUCUCUAUCACAUAGUCGAUGGCAAUCAUGAUAAUGCUUUCAAGAUUGAACCAGCCUUUAGUGGAAUACUUAAGACCAAUAUUGUUCUGGACCGAGAGAUUCGAGACUUAUAUCGACUGACUGUUAUCGCGACAGAUGAAGGUGUGCCUCAGAUGACAGGAACUGCGAGAAUUAGAAUCAACGUGGUUGACAUCAACGACAAUCAACCAACUUUUCCACCACACAGCAUCAUAACAGUCAAGGAAGAUACACCAGUAGGAACAGUACUAACCAUCGUAACUGCCAACGAUGUCGAUACGUACCCACCUCUUACUUACAGCUUUGCUACGGAUAACUUUAAGAAUGAUCUGCAGUACUUUAGCAUCGAUAGAUACAGUGGGAAAGUUGUUCUGAAGAAACCUUUGGACUUUGAGCUGUGGCAGGAGUGCAAAAUUGGGAUUGUCGCUUCGGAUAUGGCGCAUACAGCUCAAACCACCCUUACGAUUAAGGUGAUGGAUGUUAAUGACAAUGCUCCUGUGUUCCUGCAGCCGUCGUACUUUGCUAGUUUACCAGAUGGGACAUCAGGAAGCCUUACUGACGUAAUAACUCUAAACGCAAGCGACGCAGACAUGGAGGACAACGCUAAAAUUACUUACUCCUUGGUGGAUGCAGCACCAGGAUUUUCAAUAGACAGAAAUGAUGGAGUUGUCAGGGUCAAUCUGUCUGCAGUCUCCCGCAACAACGAGGAUAUUCUGCUAACUGUUAAAGCUAGUGACAACGGAAGCCCCCCGCUACAUACAGUAGUACCGGUUAAAGUUAGAAGCAACGGAGGAGUUAGUACCGGAAUGAAAUCAUUGAACAAAAUGGAGUACAAGAUUAAUGUCCCAGAAAACACCACCAAAGGAUCAACUAUAAUGAAUCUAGUAAAACCCAUCAACACACCUUCCGGAUUCUUCAGAAUCGUCGACGGCAACGAAGAAAGCAUAUUCGAAGUAAUCAAUCCAGCCGGUACGCUCAUCAUCAUCAAAACUCUAAACCGAGAAGUGCAAAGCAGUUAUAAUCUAAAGAUAUCGACUGAUAGCUCCUCAUUGUCGUUGGUGAAUGUUCAAAUAACUGUAGAAGAUUGUAACGACAAUGCUCCAGUGUUCCAGACCACCGAUUACGAAAAAACGAUCAGUGAAAAUCUUCCAGUUGGUUCUUCUAUUGAAACAAUACUCGCCACUGACGCUGACUUGGUUGGCUCUCCUAAUUCUGAAAUUAUCUACGACAUCACAUCCGGAAAUGACGAAGGAAGCUUCAAAUUAAACCCAGAUACAGGUGUAUUAUACGUCAAUAAAACUUUGGACUUCGACAGAGGUAACACUGAAUACAAUUUCGUUAUCAGAGCUUGCGACAAGGGCGUUCCAAGCCUCUGCUCUCUAAAUACCUUCCAAAUAACCUUACAAGACGAAAACGACAAUGAACCCAAAUUCCCAGUAUCGGAGUACUACGAAUUUGUAGGAGAAAACGAACCUGUAGGUACCGCUGUAUUCACUGUUCAUGCUACUGAUGCCGAUAAAGGUCCUUUUGGUCAAUUAACUUACUCAAUAGUGCCUUCGUAUGCACAGCUAGAUAAUUCCUGGAAGCUAUUCCAUAUAGAUCCUGCCACAGGAGUUGUUACCACGUCCACUGUGUUCGAUUACGAACAAAGAAGUCGUUAUAACUUUGUCGUACAAGCUGAAGAUGCUGGAGGUAAAACUACUUCGGUAAAAGUCAGGGUAGAGAUUGAGGGUAAAGACGAAUUCCAUCCACAGUUCACAGAAAGAACGUACAAACUCACUUUACCUACCUCAUCAGCCCUUCCUGUUGGUUAUGUUGUAGGACAUGUGACAGCAACUGAUCGGGAUAAAGGUCCUGAUGGAAGAGUAGUUUACCAAUUGACGACGCAGCACGCAUAUUUUAAAGUCAAUAGAACCACUGGCGAUAUACUAAUCAAGAAGAAGUUGGAUUAUUCUGAAUUGCCGAGUUCUGGUAGGGAGAUCAGUUUGGUGAUAACAGCAAGUUCGGGAAGACAAGGUUCUUUGGCUAAUAUGACGGUAGUUGAGAUCAUACUAGAUCCACUUGCAGAUCCUGGCACUAAUCUAGCGAUCAACAGAGAGGGAGAUACAGCUGUGUCAGCUGCUAGUGGUGGAAUAGCCGACUGGGCCUUAGGGCUGUUAAUUGCUUUGAUAUUGCUAAUAAUUACUUUCGGAGCUGUGUUCGUAUUCUUGCACAUGAGAAACAAGCGGAAUAAAAAAAUUAACAAACCGAAUCUAGGCACCGAUACUGUAUCCACGUCGAAUAAUUAUGUAGAUCCUAGCGCUUUUGACACUAUACCGAUCAGAAGUGGAGUUGGCUCACUACAAGGAAGCAACAAUCAGUUUGCGCCUCCAAAAUACGACGAAAUACCACCGUACGGAGCUGCUCAUCCAGCGAGUUCCAAUUCUGGCGCUGCAACAACUUCAGAGUUGUCGGGAUCUGAACAGUCUGGUUCUAGUGGUAGAGGUUCUGCUGAGGAUGAUGGUGAAGACGAAGAAAUUCGAAUGAUUAAUGAAGGUCCUUUGCAAAGAGAACCUGGUCAUAGGAAGAGUGAAGAAGGUGAUAGUCUUUCGAAUACUUCGGUGAGGAACACUCAGGAGUACUUGGCACGUUUGGGCAUUAUUAAUAAUAAUAUAUCGAGUCUUCCACCGGCUAGUACUCGACUGCAUACGGAUCCGAGAAGUAGUAAAGCAGUACAAUUAGAUAUUUUCGACGAAGAAGUGGGUAAUGAGAACGAUAUUACGAAUCUCAUAUACGCCAAAUUGAACGACGUUGCUGGCAGCGACAGAGCUAGCUCGACAAACGAGGGUGCUACCGUGGGUGGUUCUAAUUUAAGUACAACUAUGGAUCAUAUGAUAAACGGUUACGGGGACGUUCCUGCCGUGACGCAUCAACCUUCCAUGAACGGUUCUUUAAGUUCCAUAGUGCACAGCGAAGAAGAGUUGGCGGGUAGUUACAAUUGGGACUAUUUAUUAGACUGGGGACCGCAGUACCAGCCGCUGGCUCACGUGUUCUCGGAAAUAGCAAGACUGAAAGACGAUACCGCGUCGGUUCAUAGUGGCGCCAGUGCGACGUCUAGUAUAAAAAGUAAAAACUCAGUUGCUCAUUCUAAAACUGUACCUCCUCCUCUUAUAACCAGUGUCGCGCCGCGCUCAAUAGCGAUGCCAGUGUUGAACUCGAGAGGAGCUGCUAGUCACCACAAUCAGAUGAUGAUGCUGCCCAGGUCGCCUAUCAACCACGACGUGUCAGGCGCUACGUCCACAGCAAUGUCACCGAGCUUUUCGCCUAGUUUGUCCCCUCUAGCGACCAAGUCUCCGUCGGUGUCGCCACUGGUUGCUCCGGGGUUACCAGCUGCGCAUCACGUGAUGGCUAGACAGACUGCUUCUAGAAAUAAGUCAGUGGUGGAUGCGGAACUGAGAAUUUAAAAUGUGCGUUUUAUAGUAAUUGUCGCGUUUUGGCUGUGCUGCGUUCUACAGACUGAUCCGACCACUUCUUAACAAAUUUUUAAGGUAGCAGUUGCGCCACGUUUUACCGAAAGUACAUUCUGUGAAUGUCAGUCAUUUUACCUUAGCAACCUGGCGUAAAUGAAACGUAAUAAUAUUACGUUUAUAUAUAUCACCAUAUUAUGGUAACAUAUUGCUAUUUUAUAAAUUUACCUCAACCCCAAUGUUAGUUUAAAUAUGUGUAUGUAUAUUUUGUAGAUAACGAGAAUCUUAAUAAAAUGCUCAUAUAGGCAGCCAGUUCUGCCUGCCAUUCUUAGCCAUAAAAACUACUAACAGUUUCAGUUUUGUACGUCGAAAGCAAGAUUCUUUGAUAUUAUGAUUACUGUAGUGUAGCUACAUUGUUGUUCAACUUCUUAUUGUGGUGCUAUAUAUUGUUGUGGUUUGCUCAAAUGUAUGUUUCUAAUAUUUAUUUUGAAGAGAUUAAUAUGAUAUCUCAGGGCUCUUUUAGUAAUUGAAACAAAACGUGGCUUCAAAGUAUUGUUUGCUAGUUGCCUUUGAGGAAAAAGGAAUAGACAAUAAGAAAAUUAAUUUUACAGCAAAAUUAUGAAAUUAUAAAGUAACAGUUAUAUUUUAAAAUCAAUCAAAUAUCAAAAGUAAAAAAUCUGUGGUCGUGAUUGAUAGUCUCUGUUUACUAAAAGGACGAAACUAACCUUUUGUCUCCAAAAUUGAUGACUUCCUCUCACUCUCCUUUGAUUGUGUCUUGUCCACUUUGCUCGUACUUUUCAGUUUCUCCGAAUACUCCUGCCAAUUCCUCUGCUCCAAAUCUUGACUACAUGAAUAAUCCCCUUUUUCUCCAGACACAAAGAUAUCUCAACUAAUCGACUUGGUCCAGUAUCAAACUAUACAUCUGUUUAUUAUUUACAGCAUGUCAGUUAUUUCUUCUGUCUGCUACCACAGUUGGAACUCCUUCCACCACACACAAAUACAAAUUUUUAACAACUUAUACUUUUUCCAAAACUUGGCAAAUUAUCAACGUCGCGUCAUCUUAGCAGAAACUGUAGUGCUCUCGCUCGGUAUUCAAUUCACAAUGCCAUCUCCUCUCCUGGCGAACUCCAUCCAAAAAUCUUUAAAUCUCCCACUUCGUUCUUUUCACCCAAUCACGACCUAUAUCUAUCCAAACAAAUUUUACUGUCUUCUCAAGAAAAAAACCAACUUUCUACUAUCUAAUAAUCCGUAAGUCAUUCUUAGUAAACACAUAAUUGACCUUUUCAAUUUCUAUGGAAAAAAGGAUAAUUACCUAUUCUCAAACGACCAUUUACUAAACCUACUAUUUUGUAUAAUCUUUUCAUUUGUUUCGUGGUAUGCCGUACAAUAGAAAGUUCAACGUCAAAUGUUUACAAAUGUCUAUCUAACUAAACGGUAGAAAAACCAAUAUAUUGCUUUAUUAUUUUCGGGGAAUGUCUUUAAACCGAAUACGAUUCACUAAUUCCGAAAAACACUUUCUUACAUCUAAUGCUUAAUAUACAAUAUACAGGGUGUUGUGAUUUCUGUUGGUCGCUGAUUUGAUUUUUGUCUUAAUAUUUUUUGUUUUAUUUUUGAAAAAUAUGGAAACCUUAAUAAUAUAUUUGUACGGUUAGCGACUAUCUUGCAUGUGUGUGAUGAAGCCUUUGGAGUUUUAUUUUCGCUCUGUCUAGGGGUACAUAAUACAUAACGAUUAUUGAAAAUACAAUUCUUGAAUGGCCAUCAAGGGCAAGUAAGAGAAGUAGAGGCAAACCUCAAUCCAGAUGGACUGAUAACAUCAAGCAAUGGCUGACCACGAAUGAAUGGAAUAGCUGCUGUAAUGAUGAUGGUGAUGAACUGGUACACAAUCAAAAAUCAUUUAGUUUUACUGAGCACCUAAGGCAAAUUCAGGAUAUUUCACAAACUUCAGUUUCCAAAUUUUUUGAAGAUAUACUUCAAAGGCUUAGGUAUAUUGGUAGGGACCGCAUUUAAUGAAUGGUUGAACAGUAGAAGGGUGAGAGGCGAAAUUUCCAUUUAUUGUAAUGCGCACAAUUAUUCAGCUAAUAGUGCGCAUAUGUAGGAUAACUGUGUGUAAUAAUAGAACUUAAAAAUGACCUUCGAAAAUGUAGCUUAUUGAACAUAAAUAUUAAAGGAACAAACAAAUAUACGGAAAAAGAUAAGAAACCAAAUUACAGAUAUUUAAAAAAAAAUCGAAGCAUUGCAGAAGUCACAAAUAUAUCCUUCUAAACUAUCCUGUCGUAUACACAUGGCAUGAGACCAUUGACAAUAUAUUGAACACUUGAACCAUACUUCGUCUUUUUUGCUACCAUCACCACAAUACACAGAAGUCAUUUUGAUCUGACACGAGAUCGUUUUAACUCAUCAUCAUUAGGUCACUUUCUGAAAUAACUUCGGAGCUGUUGUGUUCAAAAAUUUUCCUUUUUGUACCUUUUUUCAAUUUCGUGGUUUUCUCUUUGCCUCUUUCUCUACUUUGACGGUUGUUUAACGCUUGUUUACGUUUUAUGACGCAGUCACAAAACGUAAAAAAUGCCUUUAUAUACCUUGCCGGCUAACGGUGCGCAGCGCAAUGCGCACCAUCAGACGACGUUAUACUUUACCGCAUAACACAAAAUUUGAUAAAAAUAAAAAAGAAUCGAGCAAAACUAACUAUACCAGUGUUUAAAACGGUAAAUAAAUAAAGGAUAUAAGUACUAUUUAAAACUAUAUUACUGUCAAGAAAAAAAGUUAUCGCUUAUUUUCGCAGACACACAAACAAUAUCAUACCACGCAAAAACAUGUAAACGAUAACUACCAACCCGUAAAGUAUCUCCCGACGUUCGUUUGUGUCGGAUAGAUAUGGCAGUUGCUACUAGAUGGCCCGACAAUAUAGUUUUUGAAAUUUUAUUAAAUAGGAGAUUAGAAACAUUGAUGCGCACAAUUACCCGACGCGCACCAUUAGCCGACUCUCCCCUAAUCAAUAUUUACGUUUUGACCAAUUGCUAUACAAAAACUUUCAUAUUUCUUAACACUCCAAUAAUUGACUGCUUAGUUCUUUACCCACUAUCAUUUAAAUGUGUGCAACUUAACCAUCUCCUAUCAUCCAACAUCACACUUAUGCCGUUAAUGUUAUCUUCUGAUCGAUUAAAAGUCUUCAUAAUUUUUUUUACCUCUUCAACACACAAAUCUUCCACAAGGAAGAAUUUCCUGUAGCUGGCUGUAUACCAUUAAUACAAAUAAAUUUAAUUAAACAUUUCCUUUCUAAAAGGUAUAUUUAUUUAAAAACCCUUAAAAGGGCUACAAUUAUCAAAGAACGUUUUCGCUCUCUAAAAAGAGCAUCAUCAUUGUUCGUACCUAAAUACUAUAUUUAUACUUAUUUUAGUUAAGAACACUGAUGAUGCUCUUUUUAGAGAGCGAAAACGUUCUGUGAUAAUUGUAGCGCUUUUAAAGGGUUUUUAAUAAAUAUACCUUUUAUAAAGGUAUCACAAAUCUUCAUUUUAGUUGCACUAUAACUAAACCAAAUCUUUUUCUGUAUUGUUAACAUCACCCUCAGACCUUUCAGAAUCCUUUGACCACAUUAUUAGUUCUCUACUGAUGGCUGCAUGAAAUAUUCCAUUUUUCUUCUACUGAGUCUAUAAAAAUCUUCCUAAUGCCGUUUUUACAUCAGCUCGAAGCCCACAAUAAUUGACUACUCACUUUUUUUACCCAUAACUACCCACAAUUAUACAAUUUGACCAUACAUCAUCAUUCAGCAUUCUUCCUAUCACUCCAUUCCCAUCUUUUGAUUCCUUAAAAGCCCCCAUUUUCUAUUCGUAGACUUCUUCAGGUACUAACAUCCAAAAUUCUUCAUUUUGUUACUCUCUAAUACCCUCAAUACAAUCUUCCGAUCUAUUGUAAGCUUCCAUUUAACAAAAGCUUCUUGAUGCCAUCAUCCGAUCGUCUAGAAGCAUUUUAUAUCAUUAAUUAAUACUGACCUAAAAUAGAAAUUUUGACACUAUAUUACUUUUUGAUCACACAAACAUCUUCCUUCACUCCCACAAUCUGAUCUACAAGAAUCCAUUCUGUCAUGAUUAGUUCUCUAGCUGUUAUCACCUCUAACUUUUAGUUUUGGUCAACUCUCCAGCAAUUUGGUUGCCAAAAAAUGCCCCUGAUCCCUCCCUGUGACCUUCUAGUAGCUUCUUGUCAUUGAUUAUUUUCUUCUUCAAGCACUACGACCUAAAAAUGUUCAUUCUGGUUACUCUUUAACAUUUCAACUCCUUUUUUACACUCUUAACAACUUCAUCUGACCAAGUAGAACAUUUCUGGCGUACAUUAUUUCUUCUUUAACCACAACCAUCUCAAACUUUUAAUUUGAGUCAACUAUUCGGCCAUUUUGGUUGCCAAAAAUCUCCCUACUACAACCUUCUGGACUUCAGAAGCUCCCUGUCAUUGAUUAUUUUCUUCUUCAACCACUACGACCUAAAAAUGUUCAGUUUGAUUAUUCGCUGACCUUUCAACUCUUUUUCUACACCCUCACAACUUCCUUUGAGCUCGGUAAACGCCUAUGGGAAGUGAUUAUUUACUUCUUCAGAUACUAGCACACAUGUUUUUACCUCUGCCAACUCUUGGAUUAUAUAUCUAAUGGACCGUGAUAGUCGUGACGUCAAAACGUCAAAAAAAGUUUUCCAAACACGUUGUGUCUAAGUACACGCUAAAAUGUACGCAAAUAAAAAAGUUAAGCUUCAUCAAGCUAGUGACUAUUUAGCGUGGGCAGUGACUAUAUUUUGAUACACGCUAUUUUGAUAUGUUUGGUGUUUGUUUGAUAGAAAAAUAUUUGUUAUGACGUUUAAUUCUACCUAACUUUUUUAUUUGCGUACACGGUAGCGUAUACCCUAGACACAACGUGUUUGGAAAAAUGUUGACGUUUUGACGUCACACUAUCAUGGUCUAUUGAAAAAACCUCGGAUUUACCAGAAACCUAGAAAAUUUCUUUACUUUUUUUCCUUUGUAUUUGUAUUGUUUUGAAAAUUUCAAUAGUAACAUAAAUUAAAGCGCUAUAACUUACAAGCUAAUGGUUCUAUAGUGCUCACUUUUUAACAAUUGACUUUCUAAAUAAUAUAGGUAACUGUUGUUAGUGACGACAUCUAUACAGUCGAUUCAACUUAUUGAGUGAGUUAACAAUGUAACUGUAGAAACUUUGGUAUGCAAAUAAGUAAGAAUUUUAGAAAACUAUGAACAAAUGUUUCUAAAAAAUUGUAUCAAAGAAUUUUGUUUUCUUGCAUAUUGUGUGUAGGUUUUAAAUUAUUUUCCUCGUGUAAAAAUUGUAAUUAGUUUUGUUUUAUACUUCGUCGAAAGCCGUGACAACGACCAAUCUUGUUAACCGAAUUACCAUAAAGACAAUAUUGAAAAAUGACAGUUGACAAUUAUGUUGAUAUGCCUGUACCUAAUAAACCAUCGACUGAACAUUGCUGAUCGAGUAUCAGAUUGUAAAAAUGUAUAUUGUGAAUAAAUAAAAGAAUUUAUUAAUAUAA